AUGUGCAUUCACAAUGCUAUAAGCACGAGGCCUCACUCAAUGAAUGAAGGAGAAGGUGCUGUCUCAAGGAGAGGAGAAAACGUGACUAUGGCCUCAUCUCUGAUCAAAGAUUGGUGGAAUUCCUAUCAAAUGAAGGGACAGCUCUCCAAGAAGUCCAACACCCAGGAGGAUAAAGAAGAAUUUGGGAGAAAGACAUUAUCCAUGGACCUAAAUCAAGCACUGAGGACUAGACAGCUCGUUAUCAACUUAGAUGGAAACCAGCCUAUUUUGAGCCUCAGAGCACCGCUAGAUUUGGUGAAUUUUCCAUCUAUCUCCUGUCUCCGCUGGCCCACGGAGUGUGAAGUCAUUGGUGAUACAAUUCACCACAUAGAGUGGGAUCCCCCACAGCCAGAACCAUUUUAUCAGCAGACAGGCAGAGAGCGAAUGCCUCUGCCAACUGGAGAUGAAAGAGGGAAAGUUGUAUACAGCAUGGAUCAAUCAGCUGUGCCUCAGUAUUUCACCUGCUCACGUGUUGGUGGAAGCCCAAGUCCCAUCAAGAAUGCAACUUGUUUUGACAUCAAGUUGACAGAUCUUGUUCUUGAGUUUGAAUCUCGCUUUGAAAGUGGAAAUCUUCACAAGGCUGUCCAAGUGGGCCCAUUUGACUAUGAGUUGACCAUCCGCUGUGACAUGUACACCAAAAAACACACACAGUGGUUUUACUUCAGAGUCAAAAACAUGAAGGCCGGGGUGACAUAUCGCUUUACCAUCGUGAACAUGAUGAAGAGCAGCAGCCUCUACAGUUAUGGCAUGAAACCACUUCUGUAUUCAGAAAGGUCUGCCAAAGAAAGUGGAGUUGGAUGGCAACGCACUGGAUUCAACAUUAGAUAUUAUCGAAACCUCAAUCAGAAUAUGAAGGAGAAUGAAACCAAAUCCCUUUACUGCCUCACAUGGAGUCUUCAGUUCCCUUAUGAAUCAGACACCUGUUUUAUGUCCCACUGUUACCCCUACACGUAUUCUCAUCUGCAACACUACCUACAGCGCAUUUCAACCAAUCCAAACGUUGCAUCCUACUGUAAACUCAGGAUUCUCUGCCAUAGCCUCGCUGGUAAUGCUGUGUAUAUGAUGACCAUAACAUCUAAUGACAAUAAGUGUGAAGAGAGAGCAAAAAGAGCAGUGGUGGUGACAGCGAGAGUGCAUCCAGGGGAAACAAAUGGCUCCUGGAUGAUGGAGGGAUUCCUGGAUUUCCUGCUUGGUAACUCGGAAGAUGCUCAAUUGCUCAGAGAUAUGUUUGUGUUCAAGAUUGUGCCAAUGCUCAACCCAGAUGGUGUGAUCGUGGGAAACUACCGCUGCUCUCUGGCUGGCAGAGAUUUGAAUCGAAACUACAAGACAUGCCUUAAAGAUGCUUUCCCUUGUGUAUGGCACACUCGAAAAAUGGUGGAGAAGCUGCUGACAGAGACUGAUGUAGUGCUUUACUGCGACUUUCACGGCCACAACCGUAAAAACAAUGCCUUUAUGUAUGGGUGCAAUAGCCAAGGUGAUGCUUCAACGAACCUUUAUGAACGAGUUUUUCCUCUGAUGAUGAGUAAAAAUGCCAACAAUACGUUUUCCUUUAAAAGCUGCAAGUUCCGGGUUCAGAAAAGCAAAGAAGGAACUGGACGCAUUACCAUGUGGAGACUUGGUAUCCGAAACAGCUACACCAUGGAGGCCACGUUUGGGGGCUCUACGCUGGGCGACAGAAGAGGGACUCAUUUCAGCACUCGAGACCUCAAGUCGCUCGGUUUCGGCUUCUGUGACACUUUACUCGACUAUUGUGAUCCUGAUCCCUCUAAGACCAAUUAUUGCUUGACAGAGCUGAUGGCACUGAUGAGCGAGCAGGUGAAAGAAAGACUGGGGAGAGAUUUUACUGAUUCAAACGUUAAAGUUUCUGACCUCGAAACCAGCACCAGUGGUUCCAAUAGCACUGAUUCUGAUGGACCACCAAUGCAUUUACUUAAUCGACCAACCACUCCCCAAAAGAAGAAAAGAAAGUGCCUCAAGAGUCGUAGGGAGAGGAACAGAUUGCAUACAGAACCAAAGGUCCAAGAUGGUGACAGCAAAGAUAUGGACUCAGAUCUGCCACAUGAAAAUACCACAAAAGCAAGAUGUGUAAUUCAGGAAAAUAAGAACCAGGUGACAAAACUGUCAAAAAAACUUGAUAUCCCUCCUGUUAACACCCACCCAGGCAAACCAAGUCAGGUGACUCUGUGGCAAGGCCUAAAACCUGUUGUGAACAACUGUGAUAUGAGAUUAUCUCAUUAUAACAAUAGAAAUUAUCAUCUCAACUCAAACCCAACAGUCCAACUGCAUAGGGAUAUUGCGCAAUGGCGGAGCCCUUCACAAUUUUUGCAUUUAAGUGCCAUUCUUCCACCACAAACUGAUUGCAGACAUUUCACUCAGCGACUUUGCACAGUACCUCGGCAGCGUGCAAUCACCUAUGUCUCCAGAGGGUUUUCUUCCAUACCUGUGCCAGACAAGUCUCCAGGAGAGUUCUUCUUCAAAAUGGUCCCCAAUAUUUGUGAUAGACAAUUGGCAACAUGUUUAUCCACAGAAAAGUGCAAUAAUGACCACAUCUAUAAAGAUACUUCUUUACUUGAGAGAUCAUCCAUCGGCCAAACGACUUUAAAGCCACAACAUGACAAGUUUGAAGGUGUGUCUGUUCUGAAGUGUACACCAUGCAACGAUCAGCAAGGUCCCAACGUUUAUACCGAGACUUUUUUUCAGCCGUUGCAGAAGAGCUCAGACAAAAGGCAAGGCAAAGGAACUUCAAAGAACAGAGGGCAGCUACUCAAAGGACUUCCGAUGAACUCCAUACCAGAACCAGCCCUUGCACAAAGCUUUGGUGGUCUUCAGGGGAUACAAAAAGUAAAAAUUGAUUGCAUUUCUGGAAGAAACCACUCAAAAUAA